CUAUGUGUCAGUAGUCAGGAAAUGUCUACUAUUAAUCUGACAUAUGGCUUGAUGGUUUUCUGGUGGAGUAGGCAGGCUACAUCGUGAUACUGAAAUGUAGUCGCCCUGUCUGAAAUCAAAUAUGACGUUUUCACAGGGAAUAUAGACCUGCCUAGGCAUGCAUGCAUGCAUGUUGGGCUACAUGACAGUUAACUUUGACAUUGUAAUCAGUGUGAUGAGUGGGAACUGUAACGCUAUUAACGAAUUAAACGUAGAAGAGUUAACAUUGCAAGAGCACGACCUUGGCAUAAGACCCAUGAUGAAUGAGACAAAUGUUUUUCCGUAGGAGCAGAAUGUGUAUUUUAAUUGCUGUCACGCACGGCACAGCAAACGCAGCUGUCCAGUGCUUUGGCUUAAUAUAGCCUAGCCUAGAUUAUGCCCCAUUAUUGUUUAGCCUUUCAGCCUUGUGCCUGUAGUUCCAAAAUGCAAAUCGGGGUGGUGCAUGUCAUUUUCUGACAAGAUCAACUCCUUACAGACUUUCACACUCCACUGAUACAGAAUGCAUUAAUGGGACAUCAAGAUGUGGCGUUGUGGAAGAUGUAGCCCCGGGGCAAGGAUAGUUUGGAGGAGGAGGAGGAGUCAGGCUAGUAGGCAGCUCCUUCCUCUCUACGGACAAAAUGUUGACCUCAAGCUCAUGUCAACUGAUAUGACCAGUGUUAGAAAUUUGGGUGUGUCCACAUUUUCAAGCAGAUGGUAUAAAGUGUCAAUAGUUGGACUGUCUACUGCUCAUCCAUCAGUUGCUUGCAACUUGAAGACGUGCAAGAGAGAAUGUCAUACAGCCCCCAUAGAUCCACUUGACGUUCACAAACAGAAACUGAAAUUAUGGUUCAGCCAUCUACCUCAAGAAGAGAAGCAAUUUGGAGGCAGCUUCUCCCCAGAAACUAUGCAUAUCGAUCCUCUCAUUCUGGAGAGGCACCCAGCUGAGGAUAAGCCAGGUCCCUUUUACACUCACCAGAACAAAGGUGUAUCCACCACAGUCGAAGAGCUUUUCCAGACAACCCUCAACACCGGAGACCAAGGGGUCAACAUUCUGCUUUACGGGGCAGUGGGCUCCGGCAAGAGCACAGUCGUGCGGAAGCUGGUACUGGACUGGUGCUCUGGGUCCUCGCUCUCUCAGUUCCAGUUGCUAGUGCCUUUCUCCUGUGAGGACCUCUCACAGAUGUCCAAGAGCAUCUCCUUGCGAGAUCUUGUGGCCAGGAAGUAUGUGCACCUCCGCAAGACUCCGUUGCUGAGCGGAGAGCUUCACCAGGCAAAAAAUGUGCUUUUCGUUUUCAACGGCAUGGAGAGGAUGAAGCUGGACUUCCGCAUGGCUUCCACCGAAUUGUGCAGCGAUCCAAAUGAAGCUCUUCCACCAGGAGCCAUUGUUGUAAAUCUGCUGAGGAAUUAUCUUCUGCCUGAAGCAAGCAUUUUGGUCACCACAAGGCUGUCUGCUCUUGAGCGGGUUCCCCAGAAGUAUGUGGCCCGGUAUGCACAAAUCUGUGGCUUCAAUGACCCUGCACGCCAGCGAGCGUACUUCACAAGCAGGCUCCUGCAACAGACUGGAAGGGAGUCCCGCAAGGACGAGCUGAUUGAGCUUUUUUACCUCAACCUGCGGCAGGAGAGUCAGCUGGCAGCCGCCUGCUACCUGCCCUCAUACUGCUGGCUCACCUGUGCCACUCUGCACUUCCUGCAUUUCACAGAUGACAAAGCACCCAUUCGCACCCUCACCGGUAUCUACACAAGCUUCCUGCGACUUAAUUUUGGAGGUGAAGUGCUUGACACUGGAGGUGGUCUGUCUUCCCAGGACCCGCAGAAGACAUCCUUGAUGCUAUAUGUUGUACAGACCGUCGGGAAACUGGCCUUUGACGGGGUCACGAAGAAACGAGCAUCCUUCUCCGAGGACGAACUCGAGCAGUGGAUCGGUGGGAAAACGAAGACAGACGAGGAGUUGCAAAAGCUGGCCAUGUUCCGCACGGAUGUGCUGGAUUUCUUCCUGGUGCCCUGUGUGGAAAGCAAGCGCCUGUAUGACAGUGCUCAAAUCGACGCAAAGCGCUACGUCUUUGCUGUCCCUGCCAUGCAGGAGUACCUCGCCGCGCUCUAUGUCGUUCUUGGUGAAAACAAGACCGCCUUGGAGAAACUUACCAAGCAGGUGUCGGACUCCAUCGGUAAACCUGACGAGGACGUCACCACCCUCUUCAGCAUCCUCUCCAAGUUCAUACCUUUCAAGAUCUUUGCCGUGUUCAACCUCUUGAAGCUCUUCCCCAGCUUUCUAGAGAAGAUCAGUCGACACAGCAAAGGGCACAUCGCGCGCACGAUGGCCGCGGAAAUGUUCCGCUCGGAGGACAGUUACAACGAGGACGUGCUGGACCAGGUGGAGCAGAGCCUGCUGGGAGUCCACGGACCCUUGCCGGAGCGACCCCUGGACAAGAGGUCCUUCGAGCUCUACCCCAUCUUCAUGGGAGGACUCCUGCACUACGGCAACCGGCGGCUCCUGGAUCAGCUGGGCUGCAGCAUCAAGAGCGAGUCGGUGUCGCAGAUCACCCGCUCGCUCAAGAAGCAGCUGAUCAGGGAGAGCGGGAAGAAGCAGCCUCCGGAGGAGAUGAUGGACCUGCUGACGCUGCUCUACGAGUUCCAGAACCCCAGGGUGACGGCGGAGGUGCUGCAGUCCAUCCAGGCGAUCGACCUGUCGACCGUGCGCAUGACGCCGCUCAAGUGCUUCGUCCUCAGCGCCGUAUUGAGCUGCUGUGCCCCAGGGUUCCUGCUCAACGACCUGAUCCUCUCCUCCUGCCACCUCACACAAGACCUGCUGCACCUACUCUGGCCUGCCUUCCGACACACACGCGGCCUCAAUCUACAGUUUAACCUCCUCGGUCCAGAGUCCUGCACACUUCUGAGAGAUCUCCUGCUUGAACCCAACUGUACCAUUAGAUCGUUACAGUUAUGUGAUAACAACCUGCUGGACACAGGGGUCGGAACCCUGCUAGACAGCCUCCCAGAGAACCAGAGCCUGCAGAACCUGUCCCUGAUGCACACCGGUCUCGGGGACUCGGCUGCGCUGCAGCUUGCUGAGGGGCUGGGCAAGCAGACGGGGCUUCUGGAGCUCAACGUGGCCUAUAACAGCAUCGGGGACAGCGCAGCGGUCACCCUGGUGGACGCCUGCAGAGAGCAUCCAACCAUCCACACAGUACACCUGUACUUGAACCAGCUGACCGACGUAGGGAAGCAGUCCCUCUACAACCUGCAGCAGGGCGGCUCAGGGCGGCACGUGAGGGUGCUGGCGUCGGUGAUGGAGGGCUCGGACAUCUCCGAGGACUGGCACCCCAUCCUGAGCGUCAUCGGGAAGAACUCGGUGUCGUGGGAGCGGGAGCGCGUGCGCGAGCAGCUGCUGGUCUUCCUGCGCGACCUGGAGUGGGGCCGGCAACAGCAGCAGAGCCUGUGGAAGAGGCUGCACUUUCGGCGCGUGGAGAGCGGCGUGAGGCAGACCCUGCUCCUGCUGGAGAAGGCCAGCUCCAUCGGCUCUGGGAAUAGCGGCCGCUAAACCACUCGCUUGGGGGAAUGACGCGGGACGCACAGACGUGGUGGAAUCUCUUCACACAGCGGUGUGGUUUCCACAGCGGGGAGACAACCAGGGGCAUGCAACUGAAACGAGCUGCAAUAAUUACAGUUACAGUUACAAUUAAGGAUAACAGUUUCAAAUAGUUAUACUAUUAUAAUGAUUAUAAUAAUGAAUUAGCUUCCACGUUUAUCAAUGGAGCUGACUACACCUAAUGUGAGAGCGCUGUUUCUUUGCACCGUCAAAGAGAUUAGACUGGUCUUCCAAAACUGUUUAUAUUCUCCAUGAACCAGUUGCAUGCCUAGUGUAGCCCAGCUGCUAGGCUGUUGCUGUUACUGUACUUCCAACAUGUAUGACAAUGCAUGUUCAUAUGCAUAUCAUUAUCCCUUUUCUUUGUCCUUUAUCCUCUACGCAGGAUAUUAGUUAAUGUAUUAACAAUUAACUCAAAGCCAUGCCAUUGUAGGGUCAGAUGUGACAUAGUCUUCCAUUGCAGAAAGCACCAAGUCUGUAUGAAAUUCCAUGGUACUAGCCAGAAUUUAGCCUCGCUCCGCCUGUCUACGUAGUACGUACUUCCACUCAAUUUAUUUUCCCUACAGUACAGACCAACCAGCAAACAGAAUGCUUUCCUAAGAGUGGUUGCAUUUAAGUUGUGGUUAACCAACCAACCACUGGUAUUCUCAAUGGCAUUGUGAUAGACCUCUUGUGAUAGACUUUCAUUCAUGCUCUGUUUAAUCCCGUAGGUCCCUAGAUGGUAAACAUGAUGUUACAUUUAGGUGGAUGUUUGUUGAAUCAUCAAAUCAUAUUUGUUGAAUCACUGACAUUUAAAAUUGUUGUUUUAGUGUUUGAUGUAGUGUUGUGUUGUUGAAGAAACUGUUUGACAGGCCAAUACGAGAUUACAAAUCUCAUAAGUGUUACAACGAUAAAGGGAAAUAUGUAACAUUUCAAGUGUGCUGAAAUGAGAGUGCCUUACCAGUGCUUUGAAGAAUAAAGCCAAAAGAUCAAAUAAUAA